UACUGAUUAAGACAUUGAUGGCAGUUUAAUUUUGGGAAAACCUGAGAGUUAUAGUUAUUUGUAAAGUCAAAUCUGUAAAAAAAUAUUUAUAUAUCUUAAAUAAUUUAUAUAACAUCUUAUACCAAAAUAUACAUUUUAAGAUUUCUGCCAAAUUAGAACUUUCAUGAAUUGCUUUAACAUUCUUGCUCAUGAAAUAUGAAUGCAUUGUAACUGAAUUAUUGGUUACAUAACCUGCAUUGAAGGAAUAUACAUUAAAUUGACUGGGACCAUACUGCGUCAUAUAAUUUUUCUUGUAAAUUCAUUUUCUAACACUUGGAAGAACAGAACAUUUGUGUAGUCUAGUUCAUUUCAACUUUAUCAGCACUAAAGAGGCUAUUAGGUUAUGCAAACAGUCAUGAUUAUUGUGUUCAUUUAAUGCCAAAGUUAGCAAAAAAAAAAAAUGAUAUUGAUCUAUUAGUGUGUUAUUUUAUUGUAUAAUUGAAACGUCAUCUUAUAAUCUCAAACUCUAUUUUCUUUGGUUUAGUUUUAUUGAUUGCUUCAUUAAACAUGCCUUGACAGGUGAUAAGUUCAAAGAAAACUUCCUUGUUGGUUGGGGGGUAUUCAUGUUUGGUUUGUAAAGGUUUUGGAUAGUUACCACAGAGAAGGGUUACGAAGGAAGUCAGAUUGUGGUUUAGCCAAGCCUAACCAUAUUGCAGUAUCCCCUGCUGUAUUGCAUUUUGGACUUGACCUUGAUUGGAACCUACAGAUUUGGAGCUCAAAGUGCCUUUUCGUGUUGUUGAGCGUGUUCUUCAAGUAAAAGGUCUUCCGGGGUAGUAGCCUGGUGUAGGAGUUUGGUGCAAGAGGACAAGGGAAAAGCCUUCUGUAUGUAGAAGUCUGUUCAAGCCGGAGUUUCAUAUUUGAUAAAACGGCAAAAAAACACCUUUGUAUCCAACAAAGACAGGGAUAUACGUAUAUUGUAAGAGGCAGUUUGAAAUAAUCAGCAGCUAAGGAUGAAUGGGCAUGACUAUGGUAGACAUGACCAGCAUGGAAGGGGGUAUGGCAGAGGACCUGACCCAUAUGGAAAUGAUCCCCGUAGGAGGUAUCCUGAUGGUAGGGAACAUGACCAGGGCCCACCUCCCAACUUUAAUGUGUGGCAAAAUGGCGGGUAUCAGGAUCACCUGGGUGGGAGAAGACAUGAUGGAUAUAACGAGAGACCAGGUGCCUAUCCACACACGGAAAGAGAUGGAAGAUUUCACGGUGAUAAUUUCCCAGAUCGUGGCGUCAUCAAUCCAGCAUAUGUUGAAGAUGAUGACUUUCCACACCAAACCUUAGGAGCACCGAAUCAUUUUGAUUUUAAUAGAAAUCCAAAUAUCGACGGCCCUUCAGCAGAUGUGGCCCAAAUAUUGGAUAAUCUUCCGACCAGAAAGCAGCGUGAUGUUUCUGGAAAGAGAAAGUCCAGAUCCCUCAAUUUUCAUGCCAGAGUUCAUAGGGAUCGUUUGAAGUCAUCUCCCACAACAAAACUUUCAGGAUAUGAAAAAUGGAAAUUGAACAGAUCCGUGGAAUGGGAAAGAUUUAAAGUCCGCUUCAAAGAUGCUUUGAGCAAUCUUGAGGUGUGGCGGGGGUCCUUCAAGGAGGUGGAAGGUCAUUUUGGUACUGGCAUCAUGUCCUACUUUCGCUUUGUGAAGUGGAUCUUCUUUUUGAACGUCUACAUAGCAGUCAUAACAUUCUGUGUUAUCACAUUGCCCCAUUUGAUACUUGAGCCCCAUGAUUUUUUGGCCACUGUUGCUGUUACACCUAGCUCUUCCCAACAGGCUGGUGACAAUAUGACCAAUGUCACUAUGACCACUGAAUCUCUGACCACCCUCACUAUGACUACUGUGAUUGUUGUCAUUGACAAUGGGACCAGUUCCAGUAAUGACACCAGUGGGGGAACGGCUGCUCUGUCAGGAAAUACGGACUAUGUAGGUCAAGCACAAGAAUGUACUUUGGACUAUAGGGUACAUCUUCAAAACAAGUCCAUGAAUGCCACACCAGGAGACUAUAUCUUGGAUUUUUUGCAAGGCACAGGAUUUAUGGAAGACACCAUCUUGUUUUAUGGGCAGUACUUCAACAAGACCUUUCUGGACAAGCAGACUGUAUACAACAUGUCCCUAGCUUAUCUGUUAGCUACAGCUGCUUAUUUCCUGCUCAGUUUGAUUCUCAUGGUCAGGAGUGCUGCCAAAGGUUUCCAAGAAAACUUGGUGACAAGUGGUGACAGGUUUUUCCAAUACACUAACAUGGUCUUCACUGGCUGGGAUUAUGCAUUGGCUUCUGAAAAGGCUGGUGAAUUAAAAAAGAAAAAUCUUUUCCAAGAAAUAAAGAAUGAACUAGAAGAGGAAAGACGUGCACAGAGGGCAGCCACGAGGACAACAGGACAGAAAUGUCGCCUGUACACAGUGCGGGUUUUAUCAAAUAUUCUGGUUGUAGGCAUAUUGGGAGGAUCAUUCUAUGGUAUCUUCAGAGUGGUGGAUUUCUCUGAAAAGGAAAUUACCAAUAGGAAUACUGACGAUUUUGUCAGUCUCCUUCUGCAGUACCUACCUUCCAUUACCAUAACUCUUCUCAAUAUCAUUGUGCCAGAAAUAUUUAAUAGAAUCAUCAUGGUGGAAAAAUAUUCACCAGAGUUUGAAAUUAGGCUUUCACUUAUCAGGACUGUUUUCUUACGACUGACCUCCAUUGGUGUUCUUCUGGUUUCUAUUUACGUUGCGAUAGUUAGCUGUCGCCAAAAAAAAUGUGGCAACUGUAACUUUCCAAAUGAUCCUUAUUUGUGCUGGGAAACCUAUGUGGGUCAGCAGAUAUAUAAACUUGUCAUUCUGGAUUUUUUGGUGGUGGCCGGUGUUACAAUUUUUGCGGAGUUUCCAAGAAAACUGUUGGUUACCAGGUUUCAUAAAAACAAACUCAUGAAAUUAGUCGGUCAACAAGAAUUUGACAUCCCAAAGAAUGUUCUAGAUGUAGUGUACACACAGACCCUGUGCUGGUUGGGGGCUUUCUUCAGUCCUCUCAUCCCAGCAAUAACAGUUCUGAAGUGCUUCAUCCUUUUCUAUUUGAAAAAGUGGUCUUUGAUGAAAAAUUGCAUCCCUGCUUCCAAGCCUUACAGGGCAGCUAGAUCCAACUUCUUCUUUAUGGUUGUAUUGCUGCUGGGAUUUGCAUUCACAGCAGUCUUACCAAUCGGAGUGUGCAUUGGCAUGAUUAAACCCUCUCAGUCAUGUGGUCCAUUCAGAUUGUACAGUGCACAGAAUUUUGUCAUGUAUACAACAAUCACCAAUUUGGUAUCUACAGCACCUUCAGAAGUCCAGCAAGCUUUUUAUGUCUUUGGUUCUACAGUAUUCCACAUACCAGUGGUUAUAGUAUUAAGCAUUGCCAUUUAUUACAACACUGCAAUCACAUCAGGGCAUAAGAAGAUGAUGAAGCUACUAGAAGAACAGUUAGCACUGGAAGGGAAGGAUAAACAGUUCCUGCUUAAUCGUGUUAAUGAAGCCAUACAGAGAGGGGAAUUAAGGGCCUCUGAUACUGACGUCAUGGCGAGUGACAGUAAUUGAAAUGAAGCUUUCUGUUUGGUUACCUGUGCAACACACCCUGGGAACAUCUGUUAUACAGAUUGAAGCAACAGCAUAAUGUCACUUUCAUAUUUACAGUAAUUAUUAUAGGGAGAAAAUUGUUAAUUUUUACAGAUACUGUAUUUUUUAAGUCAUAAUUCCUUAAAGGGAGAACAACUCUUUGAAAUCUAUAUUUCACAAUAUUUCUAUAUUUCACAAUAAAUACAUUGUAAACAACUCAUGGAA